GAAGCACAUCCCGGGAAGGAAAAUGCAUUGUGGACCCCUGUGCCGGUUCCUGUGGCUUUGGCCUUAUCUGUCCUGCGUUGAAGCUGUGCCCAUCCAAAAAGUCCAGGAUGACACCAAAACCCUCAUCAAGACGAUUGUCACCAGGAUCAGUGACAUUUCACACACGCAGUUCGUCUCCUCCAAACAGAGGGUCACUGGUUUAGACUUCAUCCCUGGGCUCCACCCUGUCCUGAGUUUGUCCAAGAUGGACCAGACCUUGGCGAUCUACCAACAGAUCCUCACCAGUCUGCCUUCCAGAAAUGUGAUCCAAAUAUCUAAUGACCUGGAGAACCUCCGGGACCUUCUCCACCUGCUCGCCUCCUCCAAGGGCUGCCCCUUGCCCCAGGCCAGGGCCCUGGAGACCUUGGAGAGCCUGGGCGGCGUCCUGGAAGCCUCCCUCUACUCCACCGAAAUCGUGGCCCUGAGCAGGCUGCAGGGGUCUCUGCAGGACAUGCUGCGGCAGCUGGACCUCAGCCCCGGGUGCUGAAGCUUUGAAGGCCUCUCUUCCCAAAGUCAACGGAAGAAACCUGAGCUUCCAGGUGUCUGCAGGAGAAGAGAGCCUGUGUGGACAUCCUUUAUGCAGGCCUGCGGGUCAUUUCUCUCUCACUCCUCUAAGCCUCUCAUCCAAAGGCAGAAAACUCCAAGGCAGGAAACCAGAGAUGUAAAUACAUGGUUCCCUGCCCACCGGGAAGGAGGGCGCAUCCAGCAACCAGUGGACCAGAUCUGGGAUUUUCACAGAAGCCUGCCUCCCUGUUCCAUUUCCCUCUCGCCACACGCUUCAGCGUGACCCAGGGUGAUUUCAGAGCCUUUGGAUGAUCAAACAAUGUUCCCGUGAGAAUCCAGGGAGCACGGUGAAGGCUCUAGGCACACACAGCUGGAUACUCCCAUGCAACACAAGUUGCAAGCAUUUAUUUAUUUAUUGUGCAUUUUAUUCUGGAUGGAUUUGAAGCAAAGCCCCAGCUUCUCCAGGCUCUUUGCGCUCAGCCAGGGCUAGGGCUGCUGCUCGGGUGCAUUUUUCCAUCCCAUCAAUGGGCCUGGCCAAGGCAGACUCAUUUGGAGUGAUUUGAGGACUCUCAAGUUAGUCCUCUAGAGACUGGCUUUGUUUCUACUGUGACUGACUUUAAAUUACAGUGUUUGCAAUGGCAUUGCCCUGCAUGGGUCUCGAAGGGCCAGGUUAUUUUAAAAAGAAGAUGAGUUUUGUCAAGUGUCAUAUAUAGCCGUGUGCAGCGGGAGGAAGGGGAUGUGCUGGUGGGAGGGGGAAGGAUCCAGAAUGUAUUUUCUGAAUAACAUUUGUGUGAUGGGCUCAUUGGAGGGGGUGAGGUCAUUUUCUCAUCUUCAUGGUUUUCAUGAAGAGGUGAUGACUCCUUCAGGGGGAGUGUGGGGCUUUGCCAGCCGCCUGUGGACGGAGUGGGGGUGGGGCUGAAGCUGAAGAGUGUUGGGGCAGUGGUGGGCUCUGGCCUUCUCUGACUGCUAGAGAGUGGUCUUGCUCAUUAGGGAGUGAGGGUCCCACAUUGGAGACAGUGAUUCCCAGAGCAGGGGUCCCUGCUGUGGCCCUUUGAAUGGUCUGGGUUGAUCCCACGCUGGGUCUAUAACAUGGCAGUGUUCCUCUUUGGAAUUUUCAUGCUUACCCAAAGCAAGGCCAUAUUUCCCAUCCAUUUGGGAAGGAUUUUUAUUCCAGUGGGAGGGUGAAACCUAUAAGAGGUCUGUGGGCUUUAGCAGAUGGUCCCAAAACCUGGGUCAACACUGGGUCAGUGCAUCCCAGGGCCCCAGGACCAGCAUUCAGGAGUGCCCGUCUCGCUAGAGGUCAUGUCCAGUAGAACAAACAAGGAAGUUUGGGUUUCCCAGCAUCCUGCCACUGUGACGCAGUCAUCACAUUACAGGAGGUGGAUCUGUCCAAGGAAAUUGGAAUCUAAGCAACCAAUUUUAAAACUGAAUGCCUGCUGGUGUUCAGUCCCAACUGGUGCUAUGGGCUGAGAAGCUCACCAAAUAAAUAUUAAAAUCCAGUCCUACCCUCAGGGACCUUGCAUUCCAGAUGGUAAAAUCCCACUCACCAGCAUGCAAAGGCUGUCCUUUCACCACAGCAACCGAGCAGCUGAAACACAGUGUGGUCCUCAGCAGGUAGGAAAUGCUGAGCUGAGGAGGGCAGUGCCCAGGGGCCCACAGGCUAACCAUGCUUGCACUUGGUAGCAUUUUUACUUUUCAGGGCACAUCAGCAUCUAUUACUGUGAUGUUAAAUCCCUUUGAAGUGGGAUAACUGGGAAUUUAAAAAUAAGAAAAUACUCAAAGACUAUAACAGUAGACUGGUGGCAGGACCAGGACUAGAACCCAGGUCCUCUGACCCCCAGAGUGUCUCUGGAGCCAGGUAAUGGUCUCUGGAGAUAUGAACAGGGUUGGGCAGAGAAGUGCUUGCUGGAAGAGAAGAGUUCCAAGGCUGAUUUUGUAGGAGAUGAGGGAAGUGAAUUGCCUGGAGGGAGGAGGCUGUUGUGUUUGAAGUUUUGGUGCUGAGACACCGAGGUGAUGGGGUGAGAAGCCAGUUACAAAGAAAGGCAGAGAAAGGAAAGAUGGGAGGGAAAGGGUCAUGCUUAAGAGGACUUCAGGGGCAAAGAUAUUUGCUAUUGAAAGAGAUAGGAGUUGAAAGUUUUAGAGCGAGACUCAUGUGAUGGACAGAUUCAGACCUGUUCUGGAAAAUAUGUCCUGAUAAUCACAGCCACCCAGUCAGGCUGGGAUGUUUUAAGCCUUUUGCUCACAAAACCUGGCACGAGGGCUCAUUCCCAGAGUGUAAAACUUCCAAAAUAUAAGUGAUAGUGUUUUUUUGUAACUUAAAACAAUUUUUUUUGUUCCAAAAAAUCCAAAUAAAUUACGUUUGCCCCUUG